AUGCCAUUUGAAGAGAAGGAAAAUAUGAGUGGACGCUUGGAGAGACCAUUGGCGCCUGUUUUUGUCCAUUCUACGCAUCAUUCGAUUGAACUAGAAUGGGAACAUGUGCGAGCUCAAGACAAAUCUCGACCGGAGCAUCGACGAAUGUUCGAUGAAUCAGGGGCAGCACAUUCCGGUUCCUUAAUUUAUUUACAUAAACGUGAUAAGAAAUCGGGUGCAGUGUGGGAAAGCGUUUAUAGUGGAUCUGCCAUGUCGUGCAAAGUCGAAAACCUCAAGGCGAACACGCAGUAUGAAUUUCGCAUUCAAUGCAAAUCGAAUGUCAAUGGAGGCGAACGUUCGGAAUGGUCACCGAUAUUACAAGCAGGAACAGCAGCAGAACCAAUGACUGGAGAAACAGUCUACAAAGCAAUUGCUAUGCCAGGAAAAGAUCAUUUAGAAAAAUUACUGGCGACGUUAGGUCCAGAACAUCCACUGUUAGAACAUCCGGAUAAGGAUGGGAAUUUACCGCUGAUGCACGCGUGUGCUAAACUUGAUCUAGCGAAAGUUGAAUUGUUGAUCAAUGCUGGUGCUCAAGUGAACAGCAUCAUUAAUCCGCGUAAAACAGCGCUAAUGGUCGCUGCCAGUACUGGUUUUAGCAAAGCUUGCAUCAUGCUUCUUGAACAUGGUGCGGAUGUGUAUCAUAGAGAUCAGAAUGAUGUGUCGAUACUGCAUCAUGCGAUCAACAGCAAAAAUUUCGAGACCGUUUCUGUCAUUGUUCGACAAUUGAAUGAAAAUAAAGAAUUAGAAAUGAAUAGAGAAGUUGGCAUUCAUCGAUGGACGCCAUUGUAUCGAGCAGUUAUACAUGAUUGCAACAAAGAAAUUAUCGAACUUCUUCUCAAUCAUGGAGCCAAUGCACAAUGUGAAGAUGCAUCGACACAUACGACUGCAUUGCAAAUGGCAAUUAUUCGGGGCAAUUUGAAUACAACACAGUUAUUGGUUACUCACGGUGCGGAUACAAGAAUAUUAACUAAGGGCGGUGGUAAAUCACUUCAACAAUUAGUUAUAUCUACUCAUAAAACGGUAGGAGCGCUAUUGCAAUGGACACACGACUGA